GGAGCAAUGAGAGGGAGGGUUUCUCCACUGAUGCUGUUGCUAGGGAUCCUUGUCCUGGCUUCAGUUUCUGCAACGCAUGCCAAGUCACCUUACCGGAAAACAGAGAACCCCUGCGCCCAGAGGUGCCUCCAGAGUUGUCAACAGGAACCGGACGACUUGAAGCAAAAGGCAUGCGAGUCUCGCUGCACCAAGCUCGAGUAUGAUCCUCGUUGUGUCUAUGACACUGGCGCCACCAACCAACGUCACCCUCCAGGGGAGCGGACACGUGGCCGCCAACCUGGAGACUACGAUGAUGACCGCCGUCAACCCCGAAGAGAGGAAGGAGGCCGAUGGGGACCAGCUGAACCGAGGGAGCGCGAAAGAGAAGAAGACUGGAGACAACCAAGAGAAGAUUGGAGGCGACCAAGUCAUCAGCAGCCAAGGAAAAUAAGGCCCGAAGGAAGAGAAGGAGAACAAGAGUGGGGAACACCAGGUAGCGAGGUGAGGGAAGAAACAUCACGGAACAACCCUUUCUACUUCCCGUCAAGGCGGUUUAGCACCCGCUACGGUAACCAAAACGGUAGGAUCCGCGUCCUGCAGAGGUUUGACCAAAGGUCAAAGCAGUUUCAGAAUCUCCAGAAUCACCGUAUUGUGCAGAUCGAGGCCAGACCUAACACUCUUGUUCUUCCCAAGCACGCUGAUGCUGAUAACAUCCUUGUUAUCCAGCAAGGGCAAGCCACCGUGACCGUAGCAAAUGGCAAUAACAGAAAGAGCUUUAAUCUUGACGAGGGCCAUGCACUCAGAAUCCCAUCCGGUUUCAUUUCCUACAUCUUGAACCGACAUGACAACCAGAACCUCAGAGUAGCUAAAAUCUCCAUGCCCGUUAACACACCCGGCCAGUUUGAGGAUUUCUUCCCGGCGAGCAGCCGAGACCAAUCAUCCUACUUGCAGGGCUUCAGCAGGAAUACUUUGGAGGCCGCCUUCAAUGCGGAAUUCAAUGAGAUACGGAGGGUGCUGUUAGAAGAGAAUGCAGGAGGAGAGCAAGAGGAGAGAGGGCAGAGGCGGCGGAGUACUCGGAGUAGUGAUAAUGAAGGAGUGAUAGUCAAAGUGUCAAAGGAGCACGUUCAAGAACUUACUAAGCACGCUAAAUCCGUCUCAAAGAAAGGCUCCGAAGAGGAAGAUAUCCCCAACCCAAUCAACUUGAGAGAUGGCGAGCCCGAUCUUUCUAACAACUUUGGGAGGUUAUUUGAGGUGAAGCCAGACAAGAAGAACCCCCAGCUUCAGGACCUGGACAUGAUGCUCACCUGUGUAGAGAUCAAAGAAGGAGCUUUGAUGCUCCCACACUUCAACUCAAAGGCCAUGCUCAUCGUCGUCGUCAACAAAGGAACUGGAAACCUUGAACUCGUAGCUGUAAGAAAAGAGCAACAACAGAGGGGACGGCGGGAACAACAGUGGGAAGAAGAGGAGGAAGAUGAAGAAGAGGAGGGAAGUAACAGAGAGGUGCGUAGGUACACAGCGAGGUUGAAGGAAGGCGAUGUGUUCAUCAUGCCAGCAGCUCAUCCAGUAGCCAUCAACGCUUCCUCCGAACUCCAUCUGCUUGGCUUCGGUAUCAACGCUGAAAACAACCACAGAAUCUUCCUUGCAGGUGAUAAGGACAAUGUGAUAGACCAGAUAGAGACGCAAGCGAAGGAUUUAGCAUUCCCUGGUUCGGGUGAACAAGUUGAGAAGCUCAUCAAAAACCAGAGGGAAUCUCACUUUGUGAGUGCUCGUCCUCAAUCUCAAUCACCGUCGUCUCCUGAAAAAGAGGAUCAAGAGGAGGAAAACCAAGGAGGGAAGGGUCCACUCCUUUCAAUUUUGAAGGCUUUUAACUGA